AAUCAUAAAAUCCACCACAACUUCUAAAACACAAAUCAUCAUUUCCGGUGCUGUUUCAUUUCACUGCUCCAGCAGAGACGAGACUGAGAGAGCGAGAGAGAUGUUUCUACGGAGAUUGACGCGGCCAUUGAUGAUGAUGGCAAAGGUAAAAGAGACUACAGGCAUCGUAGGUCUCGAUGUGGUCCCCAACGCCAGACAAGUUCUAAUCAAUCUCUACAACAAGACUCUGAAAGAGAUCCAGGCCGUUCCUGAAGAUGAAGGCUACAGGAAAGCUGUCGAGAGUUUCACGCGCCACCGUCUCAAGGUUUGCCAGGAGGAACAAGAUUGGGAAGCUAUCGAAAAGCGGCUCGGCUGCGGUCAAGUCGAAGAGUUGAUUGAAGAGGCUGAAGAUGAGCUUAAACUCAUCGAUAAGAUGAUCGAGUGGGAUCCUUGGGGUGUUCCGGAGGACUAUGAAUGUGAAGUUAUUGAGAAUGAUGCUCCGGUUCCCAAGCAUGUUCCUCUACAUCGUCCUGGUCCCCUCCCAGAGGAGUUCUACAAGACGUUGGAAACAGUUACAACAGGCACACUGGAGGAAAACGUUAAAAAGGAAUCGCCUGCAAUAGACUCUAGCGGGUCACAAUGAAUUAUGUAGCUAGCAUCCGUUUGUGGUUGCUCAAAAAAAUUUGUUUGACUGAUGAAAUCGUAUUUUCCUUUAUGGUCUGUUGUUUUAUGUUUGUAAUCUGAAGAUAGUACUUCUCCGCUGUAGCGGACAGUAUGCUGACUUUGAAGUUAAUAAUUACAAAACAAGCCCUUUUUUUC